AUGGCUGGGAACAUGCUAGCCAACUAUGUCCAAGUCUACGUUAUGCUGCCGCUGGACGUCGUGAGCGUCGACAACAAGUUCGAGAAGGGCGAUGAGACCAGGGCGCAGCUGAAGAAGCUGACGGAGGCCGGCGUGGACGGCGUCAUGAUAGACGUCUGGUGGGGGCUGGUGGAGGGCAAGGGCCCCAAGGCGUACGACUGGAGCGCCUACAAGCAGGUCUUCGACCUGGUGCACGAGGCCGGGCUCAAGCUGCAGGCCAUCAUGUCGUUCCACCAGUGCGGUGGCAACGUCGGCGACAUCGUCAACAUCCCCAUCCCACAGUGGGUGCGCGACGUCGGCGCCACCGACCCGGACAUUUUCUACACCAACCGCGGCGGGACGAGGAACAUCGAGUACCUCACCCUUGGAGUGGAUGACCAGCCUCUCUUCCAUGGAAGAACAGCCGUCCAGAUGUAUGCUGAUUACAUGACGAGCUUCAGGGAAAACAUGAAAAAGUUCUUGGAUGCCGGUACCAUCGUGGACAUUGAAGUGGGACUUGGCCCGGCUGGAGAGAUGAGGUACCCAUCCUAUCCUCAGAGCCAGGGAUGGGUCUUCCCGGGCGUCGGAGAAUUCAUCUGUUAUGACAAGUACCUGGAAGCAGACUUCAAAGCAGCAGCGGCAAAGGCUGGCCAUCCUGAGUGGGAAUUGCCAGACGAUGCUGGAGAGUACAACGACACUCCCGAGAAAACCCAAUUCUUCAAGGACAACGGAACAUACCUCACCGAGAAGGGGAAGUUUUUCCUGUCAUGGUACUCCAACAAACUGAUCAAGCACGGUGACAAGGUCUUGGACGAAGCAAACAAGGUCUUCUUGGGAUGCAGGGUGCAGCUGGCAAUAAAAAUCUCUGGCAUUCACUGGUGGUACAGGGUUCCAAACCAUGCAGCCGAGCUCACAGCCGGGUACUACAACUUAGAUGACAGAGACGGCUACAGAACCAUAGCACGCAUGCUCACAAGGCAUCAUGCUAGCAUGAACUUCACUUGUGCAGAGAUGAGGGACUCGGAGCAAAGCGAAGAGGCGAAGAGCGCACCAGAAGAACUAGUCCAACAGGGUCAUGACCCAAGUGUUGAUCCAGUGGCGCCUUUGGAAAGAUCAAAGCCAGAAAUGCCAAUUGAAAUGAUCCUGAAAGCAGCGCAGCCAAAACUGGAGCCAUUCCCCUUUGAUAAGAACACCGACCUGCCAGUUAAAGAUCACACUGAUGUCGGGGAUGAGGUGGUGCACGCCGGCACCGUCGCGGCCAUCAAGGUUGGCCCCCCGCCGCCGCUCUCCGCCGGAACGGACAACUCGGACGAGGCAAGGGACUUCGACCUGCCCCUGAAGAACCGGUUCUACCUGCAGCCGCUGCCACCGGCGGAGGCGGCGGUGCGGGCCAAGGAGUCGGCCCAGGACAUCCUCAACCUCAAGCCGCUCAUCGACAAGAAGCAAUGGCCGUACGUCAUGAACGACCUCCGCCUCAGGGCCUCCUACCUGCGCUACGACCUCAAGACCGUCAUCUCCUCCAAGACCACCAAGGAGGAGAAGAAGGACCUCAAGGACCUCACCGGCAAGCUCUUCGCCACCCUCGACGGGCUUGACCAUGCAGCCAAGAUCAAGAGCCCCACCGAGGCCGAGAAGUACUACGGCGAGACCAAGACUGUUCUCGGCGAUGUCCUCGCCAAGCUAGGCUAG